UGAAAGUGAAAGCAAAGGCAAAGCGUUCAUCAUUCAUUCAUUGACAUUCGUUCAUAGGGCCUAUGGCGUCGGUUUCGAACUUGACCCUGUGCUUAGCACAGCGGUUGUGGUUUACAGGAUCCAGUUGGUGCAAAUUUCGGGUCAUUCAUUAUUGGAGACUUACUGCUGGAGGUAACAAUGGGACUCAAAGAGCUGUGCUCUUCUGUUCAAAGGCAGAUGACAGAACAAAUGGCAUGAAGAGUGGAUCUGAAUUUGAUGUACAGAUGCUUGAUGUUCUUGCUUGUCCAUUGUCAAAGAAACCUUUACGGUAUGAUGCUGCUAACCAAGAGCUUGUUUGUGACGACCUCGGUGUCGCCUACCCCAUUGUUGAUGGUAUCCCCAAUCUUAACCCUCAUGAUGGGCGAAUGCUAAAGGAGUCCAAAGAUGACCAAGGAGGGACAUAGAAACUGAUAUUAGUGAUAUCUUUCUGCUCUCUAGUUUUAUAACAUUUGUUUGUAGCUGGAGAUGGGUUUGACUGCUUUUGUUGGAUGUAUUGUGAUUUUUUAUAAAUUAUGAUGCAAUGAAUGGUUGUGUCUGGGAAAUCAUGCUUCAGGUGACAGAAUAGUGUUAGUAAUGGGGAGAAUGUAAAGCGCAUAGAGCUUGCUGUUGAGCUGGAAUUUGCACUAUAUAAAUAUGCUAUCUAUUAUUAUUAUUAUAUGCAAUAUUUUUCUACUGUUUGCUACUUGGUUUUGAAUCCAACUUCUAUUUCUGGAUGCCUCCAAUACAUUAGAUUUAGAACCAGCUCCAGCAGCCUAAGUUAUAAUAUAUUGUAUUGCAGUGUUUCAUUACAGUCAAACUUCAUUUGUCAUACCACCCGUCCCUUGAAGUGAAGCCUCGUGAUUAAAUCAGGCGCUCGUCAAAAUAAUGAAAUCAUAGAAAUUGGCAUUUUUUGGCCUGCUUUGCAAUUUUUAUCGAACUUGUGUUUUUUGGCUCAACACCUUUUAUGUUCAUAUAAGGGGAUCCACUGCUCAGAUCAGUAAAAAUACAGUCCAUGCCGGUUUUAAGCAUGGUCAUCGGGAGAAAGCAUAAGCUUGCUUAAUGCCGAAACGUGCCUGAGUGCGAAGUAGACAUUGUUCAUAAUCCAGAGAUUUUUAUGUCGAAAAUUUCCUGACUUAGUACCCUUUGUUCGUAAGUAGUGGUCGCCCAAAAGUGUGUGCUGUCAUUUUUUCCCGCAAUGGUAGUUUUUGUUUGUUUCUUUCGUUUUGUGGUCAAAAGGAAAAGGAGAACUUAAUUUAGACUGCCAAUCACGAUACUGCUCAUGAGGCCUACACACUGCCUGUGCGUACCACUGCCCGCUGCCGCUGUGCCACAUUCAUACCACCUUGUGCGUGAUAUAUAAUAUUAAUCAGGAUUAUCGGAGAGCGAGGGGCAAAAGUCAAAUGGCAGCCAGCCUCCCUUUCUCGUCUCCCCGACUCUCUUUGUAUUUUUUUCGUCUGUGUGUAGCUUUGCCCUAGGAUAGAUCCUAUAUUCACGUGCGCGGCUGUGUGCAUCUCUCUAUCUCUCUGCCUUCCUCUCUGCACGUGUGUGUGUGUGUCUCGAUCACUUGCGUUCUUUGUGUUUCUCUUAGAGGCUAACACACUCACUGCUGUGGUGUAGACUGUGUUCGAACUUCAAUGGGUCAUCAUCAAAGUAUUGACUGUCUUGUAAAUGAAGCGUUCCUGAAGCCGAAGUUACGAUCUUUAAGGGCGUGUAAUUUAUAGCAAAAUCUCUGUAAGAGCCGUUUAGUGUGCUUGAGUCCGAAACGUGCUUUAUGCCGGUGUGCUUAAAGCCGGCAUGUACUGUAUUGAAAAAAAAAAUCAUUUUUCGGAUUUUGGAGUAUCUUUUUAUAGAUCAGAUAUCUAUCAAGAAACCAUCUAUAGAAGCCUAAUUUCUUUAUCAAACUUAUAAAUAGUUAAAAUAGCUAGAAAAUGCAUUUGAGAGAGGUAGCAAUGUAAGAAUAUCUUCACAAAAAAUGACCUCUUUUUGCAGUUUUCUCAAGAUUGUUUAUCUGACCAGGUUGCAACACUAUUUUGAGUAGGUCACAGAAAGUUACUAUCUUACUAUCUAUCAGAAUUUAUUCAAAUUUGCCCACAAUCUUUUAUACACAUACUAUGACCUUACAGAAGCAGUUUUGCUGUUUAUGGUACACAUUUAGAGUUUAAGGCCUUUUUUAUUUUACAAAAUCUUAAAAUAUUGGAGGCAUGAAUGUAGUGCAUAAGAAGGACGGUAAAGCUCUCAAGUUGGUACAGAAAAUUCAAAUUUGGCUCAGUAAGGUCAUUCUACCUACCAACAGUAAUCACCAUGCCAAAUAUUAGACUUCUAUCUAGAUGAGUGUUGACAACUGACAUAGAUAAAAUAGGUUUUAAAAAUGCUGAAUCAAUCCUUUUAAAUUUUUGAUGGCUCAAGAUUAUUUAUAGCUAAAAUUUUGAAUUUUUUGCUUGAUAACCUUGUUUUGUACAGUGGAAUCCUGAUAUAAUGAGAAGGAGGGGAUCGCUUAUAAUGAGUCCUGAACUAACGAGAAUUCUGUUAUAAAGACACUCUUCCUUCUUAAAACCCUGUUUUUUUCUUAUCUUUGUAAAUAAAAUACUACUAUAGAGCAAUCAGACAAACACGCGAGUUGAUAGUUAUAGUUAUAGUGGAAUAUUGCUGCUGCUGUGCACAGCAUAUAGGCCAAUUUUACAUAAUGUAAAACCUUGUAAGUUGAGAAACUUGUGUUGUUGGUGAACUAUCGAAACAAAGAUUGGGAGAGCCCACGUGUGCCAACAGUGAAGGCCAGAGCGAAUGAGUGGGGAGGGUGUGGCAUGCACAGACAAGCAGAAUGCAUCGCGAGAAAGGCCAACCUAGUCUAGGUUAUCUAGGCCUACCACGCCUCUCACUUCUCUGAUGCGAGGUUGGAGAGGUCACAGUGCUGUGAUGGAUGGAGCAAAUGUGUGACGAGGGCGGAGUUCACAAGCAGAUGGAACACACCAAAGGGUGUGGUAAGGUGGGGGCACAUCACAGCGUGCGAGUUAGCCUAGAGCCCUUUCUUUCUGAUAGCCAACGCCUAGGUAUCAACAUCGCUAGUGCUAGAGAAAGAAACCUGAUUCGAUGUUUGAUCAAGUAUGACCUAGAGAAUGUCGAAACAAAAUCAUCACCAGGGGAAAUAACAAAAAGAAAUAAACAGAACACCAAACUCAUAGAUUAGGCCUAGUUUAUUAUUUUCAUUGAAUUUAUUACUGGAUCCCUUAUAACGAGAAUCCUCCUAUAACGGACAUUUCGCGCCAGUCCCCUCCCUCUCGUUAUAACAGGAUUCCACUGUUUUUUGUAUUAAUCAAGCGAGUUGACAAUGACAUGCUGUUGUAAUUUAAUAUGAACUGAAUUCUCUGAUAAAGAUGAAUAAAGUGGUCUCUGACUUAA